AUGAGGGUAGAGGAAUCAUCGAAUAGCUUAGAAGCGUUAGUGAGGACUCAGGAAGAUGAUCUCGAGGGCUUUUCUUUCCUGGAAAUUAUGGAUCGUGUUGACCCCUUACCAGUAAAUUUCGAGAACUAUGGAAACUUUAAAGAAGCCAUUUACUAUAUGUGCACACACGAUGGCACAAAGAUCGGAUUUGUAUUAAAGUUUGCCAUAAAUGAAAUGAAGACUGUUUGUUCGGAAGUCUUCGAAGAAACCUUCCAAUUGGAUGAAUCUAGUCAUGAGUUGCGGUUCAAAAGCGAAGAUUUUAAUCACAGAAAUAAUCUAGUUGAUCAAUUGGCUCAUAAAAUGUAUCUGGAAUCGUCACUGAAUGGUGUGAAGGGCUGGAGGAACGAGAAAUACGCUGUUUGGGUUAAUAAAAGGCCCUACGUACUCAUUGAGCGUGCAGUAGCAGGUGUUCUUGGCAUAAUCACCUACGGGAUUCAUAUUAAUGGUUAUGUGCUGGAUCCAAAGUCCAAGAAAAUUCAGUUUUGGAUUGCAAGAAGAUCCAAAACGAAGCAAACAUGGCCGCUAAUGCUUGACAACAUUAUCGCCGGGGGAUUAGGCUAUCCUUAUGGUAUCUAUGAAACAGUUUUGAAAGAAAGCAUAGAGGAAGCCAAUUUGGAAAAGAGUAUUAUUGAGGAUAACAUUAAAGCAACUGGUACAGUUUCUUAUCUUUACUUUACGGGCGAUAUUUCUGUAACGAAGUUCGAUAAUGAAUCAGAUUUUAUCGUAGGGGAAGUACAAUAUGUAUACGAUCUGAAACUCAGCAAAGACAUCAUUCCAAAACCAAAUGAUGGUGAAGUCGAGGGUUUCAAUCUAUUCAGCCUACAAGAGACGAUCAAUGCUUUAAGAAACAAAGAAUUUAAACCAAAUUGUGCCUUAGUAAUGGUAGAUUUCUUGAUUAGACAUGGCUACAUCACACCAGAAAAUGAGCCCAAUUAUCUUGAACUAGUAACUAGAAUGCACAGAAGGUUACCAUUCCCUACUUUGAAUUGA